UUCAUUUUGCACAUGUGACCCAGGAGACCCAAACCACAUCAUUUCUCACACUUUUAUCUCAACUCCUCCACUGCUCGCUGGCAACCACCACACAGCGCGCGACUACCACGUUCCUUCUCUCUUCCGCGCGACGCGAUUUUCUGCUGUUCUCUCAGUCCGCCUGAAAAGUUUAUGUUUUGCUCUAACUCUUUGGUUUGACCUCCACCGCCACACAAUUUAAGCUUCCAACCACUCAUCGUUUGGCCUCCAUCAUUAACAUAACAACAACAGUUUGCACCCCUGACUCAGGGUCUUGAAUUCGCCUCUGCCAUUGGCAACACAGUUUUCAUUCGAAUCAACAGCCUCUCGGGCUAGUGCCUUGGAAUCAUUGAGAUGGUGUUGCAGUUCAAAUUAUUGAAGAGUUCUCAGGGUAACUUCUUAUCACUAUCCAUGAGGCUCUAUGAUGAAUUCAAAGAAAUACUAAAGAUUCAGAAGUUUCGAAGAUUAGUUUCUUAUGCUGGGUUCUUUGGCUUCACUACGCUUAUCAGCUAUGCUUAUUGUAACAAUACAACUAGGGCUGGGUAUUCUAGAGCUGAUCAAUAUUAUGCAUCGUACCCGGCUGGUACUGAGCUAUUAACCGACACCACCAAGUUAUACAAAGCUGCUCUUGGAAACUGCUUUGAAGCUGAAGAGUGGGGUCCAUUUGAGUUUUGUGUCAUGGCAAAACACUUUGAUCGUCAAGGGAAGUCACCAUAUUCAUAUCAUGCUCAAUACAUGGCACAUCUCCUUUCUCAUGGACAGCUUGACGGAAGUGGUUAACCAAUAAGCCAUAUGAAGUAUGACAAUGUGGACGAUUUUUAACAUAUGAAGACUUGUAAAGCAAAAUGAGAAAAAUCGGUUUGAGUAUUCUUCGAGUUUUGAACUGCCUUAUACUCUAUACUGUUGUGUUAUUUUAUGAAUAAUGAAUAAAGUAUAUAGAUAAUUUUCUUUCUAUUGUUGGGUAAUGUCAAAACGUUUGGCGUAUUUUAUUUUCCAUCCCUUCUUUGACAGAAAAAUUCCCUGUCAGUGUUAAGUGUUUCAGAUUUUGUUGUUAGAUAAGCUACAGGCCUGUUUACUUCAUGAAAAUAUUCAGUUUUCA